CGCCCAUUGGCGGGUUCGAAGCGCGGCUGCGCGGGGCGGGGCGGCCGCGCGCUCCCCUAGGCUGCCGCCGCCGCCGUUGCUGUGGAAACGGGCGGGGGCGCGCGCGGAGGGGGGGGCCGCGGCCUGCGGCGGCUCCCGGCUGAGAAACGCAGCUGAAUGGAACUAAAAGGGCCACAGAUGCAAGAACUUGAACACGUUUCUGAAAGUGUAAGAUGUGUCUGGCAGUGACUUCCUUACCUUAGUAACAAAGAAGAGUAUUUCAACAGGAGCUUAGGAUACCUUUACUCCAGCUUAUUAAUGUACUAACUGGAAUGGUGUUCUGACAACAGUUCUCCACAGCAGAGUACUUACCUGCUGCACAACAGUAGUACUUGCUCUGCUGAUAAUGCAACUCAAUGGAGGAAAGUAAUGUGUUGAUAAGCAUGCGUGAAGAUCGCUCCUUUCAUGUGCGAUACAGGAUGGAGGCUUCCUGCCUAGAGCUGGCUUUGGAAGGUGAGCGCCUGUGUAAAGCAGGAGACUGUCGAGCUGGCGUGUCUUUCUUUGAAGCAGCCGUUCAAGUGGGAACUGAAGAUUUAAAAACACUCAGUGCUAUUUACAGCCAGUUGGGCAAUGCCUAUUUCUACUUGCAUGAAUAUGCAAAGGCCUUGGAAUACCAUCACCACGAUUUAACUCUUGCAAGGACAAUUGGAGAUCUACUGGGAGAAGCUAAAGCUAGUGGGAAUCUGGGCAAUACCUUGAAGGUACUUGGAAACUUUGAAGAAGCUAUUGUUUGUUGUCAAAGACAUCUGGAUAUUUCCAGAGAACUUAAUGAUAAGGUUGGAGAAGCUAGAGCACUGUAUAAUCUGGGAAAUGUUUAUCACUCUAAAGGGAAAAAUGUAGCUUGUGCUGGGACUUACGAUCCAGGGGAACUUCCAGAUGAUGUGAAAAAUGCAUUACAAAAAGCUGCAGAUUAUUAUGAAGAGAACCUGGCGAUAGUAACAGAGCUGGGUGACAGAGCAGCGCAAGGACGUGCCUUUGGAAAUCUGGGAAACACACACUACCUUCUGGGCAACUUCAGGAGUGCAGUUUUAGCCCAUGAACAGCGUCUCCUAAUUGCAAAAGAAUUUGGUGAUAGAUCAGCGGAAAGAAGAGCAUACAGCAAUCUUGGAAAUGCCUACAUAUUCCUGGGAGAAUUUGAAACUGCUUCUGAAUACUACAAGAGGACAUUACAGCUGGCUCGACAGCUUAAAGAUAGAGCUGUGGAAGCACAGGCCUGCUACAGCCUUGGAAACACAUACACUUUGCUUCAAGACUAUGAAAAAGCAAUUGAUUAUCACUUGAAACACCUUGUGAUUGCUCAGGAAUUAAAUGAUAAAAUCGGUGAAGGAAGAGCGUGCUGGAGCUUGGGGAAUGCAUACACGGCUCUGGGAAAUCACGACCAGGCUAUGCAUUUUGCUGAGAGGCACUUGGAGAUUUCAAGAGAGGUAGGAGAUAGAAGUGGAGAACUCACUGCUAGACUUAAUCUCUCAGAUCUUCAAAUGGUUCUUGGAUUAAGCUACAGCACAAACAACUCCAUGAUGUCAGAAAGCCAUGUGGUAGAUAACAAUUUGAAUGGUACCAGACCCAGAGUAGGACGCCGACACAGCAUGGAGAACAUGGAACUUAUGAAAUUAACACCAGAAAAGGUUCAGAACUGGAACAGUGAGAUUCUUGCUAAACAGAAACCACUCGUUGCCAAACCUUCAGCAAAACUGCAUUUUGUAAAUCGACUAAAAGGCAAAAAGUACAAAACCAGCACUGCUUCCAAAGUUUUGCAGGAUGCCAGUAAUUCUAUUGAUCAUCGUCUUCCCAACUCUCAGAGGAGAAACAGUCGCGAGACAAUGGCAGAUGAAGGAUUCUUUGAUCUGCUGAGUCGAUUCCAGAGUAACAGGAUGGAUGAUCAGAGAUGCUACUUCCAGGAGAAGAACAGAUUCUCAGCUGCUUCAGUAGCAACAUCCUCUACUCCAACUAAAACAAUAAGAAAAUCCUUUUCUACUUCUGUAGUCUCACCCCACACAGAUGAAUUUCUAGACUUACUUGCCAGCUCCCAGAGCCGCCGCCUAGACGACCAGCGCGCUAGCUUCAGUAACCUACCUGGACUUCGUCUUAAUCAGCACAACAGUCAGUCAGUCCUGGGGCACUUGAUGGCAAGUAACAACAGAGAACUAGAUGAUGACUUCUUUGAUAUAUUGAUAAAAUGCCAGGGCUCUAGACUGGAUGAUCAAAGAUGUGCUCCUCCAUCAUCUGCAAAAGGACCAACUGUACCAGAUGAGGACUUUUUCAGCCUGAUUUUGCGAUCGCAAGCUAAGAGAAUGGAUGAGCAAAGAGUCCACUUACCCUCUACUAUAAAAGGACCGAGUUCUAGCUGAGGAAAUUAACAGGCUCGUACUGUACACUAGUGUCUUAGGAAUCAAUUAUGUUUGUUGGAAAACAUACAUGCCUUUUUACAAAAGA